AACAAUAAACGUCAUGUUGCAAUGCCAGUGAGAAAAGGAAACGUCGGCAAGUGACCGCGGUCAAGUGCAACAACAACAAAAAAUGUCCUGACACCUGUUAUAGAAGUAAUACAUUUGAGUGAAUGAAAAGGCAUAGACCUAAGUAAAAUAAGAGAUUCGUUUGUUGGGACUUGAUUGAGGCAGAAGAAUAGCCGAUUUACUUAUGGCAAGUCCGGAGAGAAAUAAGAAGAUUUUGCUUGAUAUGGUGAAACAGCCCAGCAACGACCAUUGUGCCGACUGUGGGGCCCCUGAGCCAGACUGGGCCUCAUACAAACUAGGUGUGUUUGUAUGUGUGAACUGUUCUGGGACACAUCGGGACUUUCCUGCCAUCAGCCAGAUAAAGUCCAUACGCUUGGAUUUCUGGGAUGAUUCCCUAGUAGAGUUUAUGAAGACAAGGGGUAACGCAGCAGCCAAUGCGUUCUAUGAGAAGUGUGUUCCGCCCUUCUACUACCGGCCACAGGAGAAGGACUGUGUUGUUCUUAAAGAUCAGUGGAUACGUGCUAAGUAUGAGAGGAGAGAAUUCACAGGAGAGAAUAACUCCCUUCAACAAGUUUAUAGUUCAGGACUUUACGAAGGAAUACUAUGGAAGAAAGGCAAGGACAACAAGCAUUUCCUGAAAAGGAGAUUCCUUCUCUCUGAAACUGACUUUACCUUGAGAUACUUCACCAAGGAGGAUUCCAAGAAGCCCAAAGCAGUCAUCUCUAUGAAGGACCUCAAUGCCGUGUUCCAGCCGGAAAAGAUAGGCCACGCCCACGGGCUGCAAAUCUCCUACCUGGAGGAAGAACGGACCAGAAACCUGUUUGUUUACCAUGACAACAGCCAGGAAAUUGUGUCCUGUUUCAAUGCGAUUCGGGCCACCCGGUUUGCUUACCUCAAGAAAGUCGACCCUAAUGCCAGGGAGUGUGACCUUGUACCUUUGAUAACCAGAAGUAGCAUUAAAGAAGGCUACAUGGAGAAAACCGGCCCAACGCAAUGGGAGACAUUCAAGAAGAGAUGGUUCGUCUUAAACUUAACGGACAGAAAGAUGUCCUACUUCAAAACUUCACUGGAUGCUUUGGAACUAGGAGCUGUCUUCAUCGGCACAGAGGUCCAUGGCUACUCUGUGAGGGAGGUCCAGCCUAAGGGGAACCGCAGUGGCAGGUGGAGGUUCGGGGUCACCUUGGAGACGCCAGACAGGCAGUUUGUCUUCCUGUGUGACCAGGAGCAAGACCAGAGGGAGUGGAUAGAAGCCUUCAAACUAGUAAUCUCCCAGCCUAUGCUACCGCAGCACUACAACACUGAGGCAAACAUGAGAAGGAUGACAAAAUGAAUCGUGUAUAAACCGGAGGAAAGGAAAGCAGCAUUUACAGGAAGAAAUGGCAAUGUGUGAGGCUGGCUGCCUGUUUCAGAGAGCCUACCAGUGACAGGAGGAGGCUUCUCACAAGAGGUGAUCAGUGAACUCUUCAAUUGAGUCUGUUUAUCGGAAAAUGAUGAGAGGCUAAAUGAACUCAGGCUAAAGAGGCUAAACGAACUGAAGAGCUGCCAAUGUGGACCAGCACUGGUAAUCAUUGCAAGUCACCAUUAUCCAGGGCACCUUGCAAACCGGUGACAGGACUGACUAUUAUGAGAUGGGAACUGAUGUCAUUGUCGGGGACAUUGGGAAUGUAAUAUAUACUUUCUAUUAACUACUGUUCAUAUACACUGAGCGUAUAAAACAUUAAGGACACCUGUUCUUUCCAUGACAUAGACUGACCAGGUGAAGGCUAUGAUCCCUUAUUGAUGUCACUUGUUAAAUCCACUUCAAUCAGUGUCGAUGACGGGGAGGAGGUUAAAUAAGGAUUUGUAAGCCUUGAGACAAUGGAGACAUGGAUUGUGUAUGUGUGCCAUUCAGAGGGUGAAUGGGCAAGACAAAAUAUUGAAGUGCCUUUGAACAGGAUAUGUUAGAAGGUGCCAGGCGCACCAGUUUGUGUCAAGAACUGCAACACUGCUGGGUUUUUCAUGCUCAGUAGUCACGUGUGUAUCAAGAAUGGUCCACCACCCAAAAGGACAUCCAGCCAACUUGACACAACUGUGGGAAGCAUUGGAGUCAACAUGGGCCAUGUUGGGCCUGCAUCCCUGACACCUUGUAGAGGCCAUGACAUGUGACAGACCAAUACCUCACGAGGUAUUGUUCUCAAAAUAAGGUCUGGGCAUACUGCCAAAUUGCAGCUACCGAUAGUGAGGAUUUGUUCAGUCAGCCACUUGCAUGAACACAGAAAUUGGUUAUAAGAAAAGCACUAACAUUAAAAUUGCUAUUACAAAGGCAGUCCCCACCGUUACCAGGAUGUUAAGGAUGUUGCUCUGGGUGGCCAGUCCACCUCACUCCACAGGAGCAACAGAACAGCCACCAACUCCUUGAGGCAAAUCAAAUGCUCCUUUAGACCUGCAUCUGGUGGCACCUCACAGAGACUGGAGAACAGCCGGCAACACUGCCCCCACUCCACUCUCCAUCACUUCUCUUCCCAGGAACUGCAUGCAGAUACACUGAGCUAUGCCCAAGCCGUACACAGUCAGAGGCCCAAUACAGAUUUUGUAGCCACACUGCCCUCCACACCAACCUCUUCAAUUCCCCCUAGAACCUCCCUCCUAUGCCACCAGACCAGGCCCAUCACAGCACAGCUCAACCAGACCCGGCCCAUCACAGCACAUCUGUCACACCCUGAUCUGUUUCACCUGUCCUUGUGUUUGUCUCCACCCCCCUCCAGGUGUCAUCCAUCUUCCCCAUUAUCCCCUGGGUACUGAUACCUGUGUUCUCUGUUUGCCUGUUGCAGGUUCGUCUUGUUUGUCAAGUCAACCAGCGUUUUGUCUCAGCUUCUGCUUUUCUCCAGUCUCUCUUUUUCUCGCCCUCCUGAUUUAGACCCGCCUACCUGAUCACUCUGCCUGCCCCUGACCCUGAGCAUGCCUGCCGUCCUGUACCAUUGCCCAAUACUCUGGAUUAUCGACCCCUGCCUGCCUUGAUCUGUCGUUUGCCUACCACUAUUACUGUAAUAAAAAAAUCUUCAACACAGUCUGCAUUGGGGUCUUACCUGAAACCUAAUAUCUCUACCAGACCCGGCCCAUCACAGCACACUGUUGAGGGUAGUGCACCACAUGAUGCAGUCCACACCAUGCAUCAUUCACAUUAUCAGCCCUCAUAUGCUGAGAGUUUGGAGCUUCGCCAGCCACACUGCCCUCCACACCACCCUCCUCAAUUCCCGCCACAACCUCUCUCCCAGGCUAGUUUCGGUUUCCCUCCCUACUCCCAUCUCCAGGUCAGCCCUGAGACACUCCUGCCCCCCAUGGAAGCCCCAACCCUGCAACAGGAGCCACACCAAGGCCUCCUGUGCACACCCAGAAUGCAGCACUGGCAACCACUCUGGUCCUCUGUAGCAGCUCCACUCCUUUGGUGGGAGCUUCAUCCGGGUGGACUGAGCUCUGCCAACACUGCUCUCCCAGUUCCCGGGCCAGCCUCUGCGUCCUGUGACUUGAGGGACGACUGCCAAAUGCUCAGUUUGUUCUGCUCUCACGUGGUUGCCAGGGGCCUUGGCAAAGUUUCAGCUUACUCAAAAAAUAGUUACAGAUGAUCUUAUGCCUGUUAACUCUUAUGUGAAUAAGCUGAAUACGCCCUCUGACUUUAAAUCUCGAGGGGGCUUGGGAUAAUGCACCUAAAUGUGCGAAGUAUGAUUUUAAAAAUGAACACAAUUGACAUUUGAGUACAAGACUGUCCUGAUGUUCUGGUUCUCUCGGAAACAUGGUUCAAUGGUUCUGUCUUUGAUAAAGACUUUGAAGUAAAUUAUUAUAAUGUAUUUAGAUGUGACAGAUUACAGAAAGGGGGAGGAGUGGCCAUAUAUGUCAAAUAUAACUCAGUGUCAUAAGAAAAAAUGCACCCCCCUCCCCAACAUUAAAAAUAUUUUCACAUGACCCUCCCCUUUUACUGUAAAAUACAUGUAACACCUUCCCCCCUCAUAGUAUGAACUAAAAAUUAUGUUUUUGACCACAAGUAACAAUAACUGUAGUGACCCAAUGUUCAUAAAUGUUGAAAUUGAAUUUGCCCCUUCAGAAUACUUUUGUAGCUCAGUUGAUGCCAAGCAGGGCUACUUGGACUGACCCCAUUUUGGUUGACUGAGAUUUCUCGGGAUUGAGAAGUCUCAAAUAUACACUACCAGUCAAAAGUAUGGACACACCUACUCAUUCUAGGGUUUUUCUUUAUUUUUACUAUUUUUUACAUUGUAGAAUAAUAUUGAAUACAUCAAAACUAUGAAAUAACACAUCACAUAGUAACCAAAAUAGUGUUAAACAAAUCUAAAUAUAUUUUAGAAUUUAGAUUCAAAGUAGCCACCCUUUGCCUUGAUGACAGCUUUGCAGAGUCUUGGCAUUCUCUCAACCAGCUUCACCAGGAAUGCUUUUCCAACAGUCUUGAAGGAGUUCCCACAUUUGCUGCACACUUGUUAGCUGCUUUUCCUUCAUGCUGCGGUCCAACUCAUCUCAAACCAUCUCAAUUGGGUAGAGAUCAGGUGAUUGUGGAGGCCAGGUCAUCUGACGCACCACUCAAUUUGACCAUGAAGGCCUGAUUCACUCAGUUUCCUCUGAACAGUUGAUGUUGAAAUGUGUCUGUCACUUGAACUCUGUGAAUCAUUUAUUUGGGCUGCAAUCUGAGGUGCAGUUAUUAUAAUGAACUUACCCUCUCCAGCAGAGGUAACUCUGGGUCUUCCUUUCAUGUGGCAGUCACAGUUUCAUCAUAGCACUUCAUGGUUUUUGUGACUGCUCUUGAAGAAACAUUCAAAGUUAUUGAAGUUUUCCAGAUUGACUGACCUUCUUGUCUUAAAGUAAUGAUGGACUAUCGUUUCUCUUUGUUUAUUUGAGCUGUUCUUGCCAUAAUAUGGACUUGGUCCUUUACCAAAUAGAGCUAUCAAGUGUAUACCCACCCUACCUUGUCACAACACAACUGAUUGGCUGAAAGGCAUUGAGAAGGAAAGAAAUUCCACAAAUUAACUUUUAACAAGGCACACCUGUUAAUCGAAAUGCAUUCCAGGUGACUACCGCAUGAAGCUGGUUGAGAGAAUGCCAAGCGUGUGCAAAGCUGUCAUCAAGGCAAAGGGUGGCUACUUUGAAGAAUCUCAAAUAUAUUUUGUUUUGUUUAACACUUUUUCUGUUUAAUACAUGAUUCCCUAUGUGUUAUCUCUUGUUGUGAUGUGUUUUGUCCUAUAUUUAUAUUAUAUUUAAAAAAUAUAUAUAUUAUAAUAAUCCCAGGCCCCCAUCUCCGCAUGAGACCUUUUGCCUUUUGGUAGGCCGUCAUUGUAAAUAAGAAUUUGUUCUUAACUGACUUGCCUAGUUAAAUAAAGGUUGUCACGCCCUGA